GAACUCAUAACUCAGUCCAUUCCGAUUUCCAGGAAAUUUACAAACCCCAUUAACGUCAACGUUGAUCUUCGUAACUUUGUAUUAAUCAACAAGCUUCCUCCAUUUUCCGGUGAAAAGCUUUGGGUAAAAGGAAAAUGGAGAUGGAGCAGGAAUUGGAAUGGAAAGCAGCGCAGAGCACUGAGAUAAAUGUGGACCUUGUCUCGGCAGCCAUAAGGCAGCUCAAGUUUCUUAUGGCAGUUGAUCGGAAACGUUGGCUCUAUGAAGGGCCGGGCCUCGAUCGGGCCAUUUACAGGUAUAAUUUUUAUUGGCUCCCCUUGUUGGCAAAACAUUCCGAAUCCCGACUUUUAGACGGCCCGUUGGUCGUUCCUUUGGACUGUGAAUGGGUUUGGCACUGUCACAGGCUCAAUCCAGUCAGAUACAAAAAAGAUUGUGAGGAGUUGUACGGGAAAAUUCUCGACAAUCGGGAUGUUGUUUCUUCAUUGGAAGGAACUUCAACAAAGGCAACUGAAGAAAUUUGGAAGACAUUAUACUCGGGCGAACCCUACGAAUUGGGUUUCCCAGAUAUUCACGAUAAUAUGAAUACGCGUGGACAAAUAGUGAUGGAGGAAAAAUGCACCAAGUAUGAUUUGAUCUCAGCUGUUACGCGACAAGGUCCAUUCUUCUAUCAGGUAGCGAAACCACAUAUGAACGACAUACGAUACAUCAAAGGAGCUGUGGCGAGGUACAAAGGAUUUCUGCACUUAAUCAAGAGAAACAAGGAGAAAGAUAUACAGAGUUUCUCAGUUCCAACGUACGAUAUUGAUCUGAUCUGGCACACUCACCAGUUGCACCCGGUUUCUUACUGUGAAGAUCUUCUGAAAAUAAUGGGGAAGAUUUUAGAACACGACGACAAUGUUUCAGACAGAACCAAAGGUGAGAAACUGGAUGUUGGAUUUUCUGGGACCACAAAGACGUUUGAGGAGAUGUAUGGUUUUAGGUAUUGGAGAGCUGGAGCAAUGUACAUGGGUAGUGCCCCUCCACCUGUAAGAACUACUCCUUACUCGGGUAUUAUUACCAAGAAUGUGCCCUCGAAUCCGAACAUGAAAAUAACACUUCCUACAAUGGAAGUUUUGGAGGUGAUGUUGGAGUUUGUGGGUGUGAGGAAUCUACCAGAGGGGCAUAAGGGGGAUCUAUUUGUGUCCUUCACUAAAACCCAACCGGAUUCGAUCUUCAAUGCAAAGAGAAGCCUUACCAUUUUGUCUGAAUCUGGUGAGAAACAAGUGGCAUCUUUCCAGUGUCAGCUUCGUGGUGACCUUCUCUUCGAACUUGUGUCCUUCUUGCCUUCUAGUUUGCCAUUGACAAAGUCUUCCAAGAUUAUCGGCACCGCUUCAAUAUCUGUAGAGGAUUUGUUGUCUGAAGAUUCGAAUCUUAUUGUCGAAAAAUGGCUGGAAUUGGUUCCGAGUUCAAAUAUCGGGGAAUCGAAACCGAUUGGCUUACGAGUGGCUAUAUCAGUUACUGUACCUACCCCAUCACCGUAUGUACUUCACAUGAUUCGUUCUAAGCCACUCUCGAAAAGUUCUUGUAUGUUCCCACUGCCUCAAUUUGCUAAGAGUUGGACUCGUGUGGUUGACGAGGAUGGAAAUCAAGUGCUCAGCCUACAAAUGAGAGAUUUGGAGAGAUCGAAGGGGAAGAAAGAAUGUAGAAGAAAAGCUGCGAUUGGCCUUUUUAAUUCAGAGGAAACGUGUACACUAGCUGAGUUUGCAGAUUCAGAAUGGAAACUAGUAAAUUCUCCAUGGUCCCUUAAGCUCCCAAGCACAAAAAACGAUGAUGGACAUCUCUUGGAGCUGAUUGGUCCUCAGAAUGUAAGACUUUACACUGGUGCAAGGAUGGACUAUGAACCAAGGGGUUGCGAGAAACAUAAAGCUGCGCGUAAGCUUGAGCCGCACCUUAUUACAGCUGUCAAAUUCUCGGCGGAAGAUCCGUAUGGAAGAGCGGUCGCAUUACUUGAUUUGAAGUCUAGCACUGUCAAGGUUAAAGAAGAGUGGUUUCUUUUGCCGGGGUUCAUAAUCACGUUUAUACUUGGGGACGUGUUAAGGAAACAAGGGAGCAAUGGUCUGAUUAUGGGCAGCAAAGAAGUUUCGAAUGAAGAAGUGCUAAUUGAUGGCCCUGUUGUAGUAGGGAGUGAAACCAAAGUGGCUCCUAUGGAAAAGAAAGUGGAUGUUAUUAAUGGGGAAGCUAAAGAGAAUGGAAAUGCUGCGAGGACUGUGGUGUCUGGUGGAUGUGGUGGUUCCGGUGGAUGCGGUGGGGGCGGUGGUGGGUGUGGAAACAUGGCGAAAUCUGGGGGUUGUGGUGGUUCUGGUGGAUGUGGCGGUGGCGGUGGUGGGUGUGGAAACAUGUCGAAAUCCGGGGGUUGUGGUGGUUCUGGUGGAUGUGGCGGUGGCGGUGGGGGAUGUGGAAACAUGCCGAAAUCCGGGGGUUGUGGUGGUUCUGGUGGAUGUGGUGGUGGUGGCGGCUGCGGCAACAAAAUAGCAAAUGUGGGCGGUGACCGGAAUCAAGUGGUGAACGAGAUCACCGUGGCGUGAUAUUCGGAACAUGAAUGUAAUAAAAAACCUAUUGGCAUUUUUUUUUAAGUGUAUGUAUGAUGUUUUACUUUGUUGGAGAGCUGAAGCUUCUUGUUGUUUGUGUGUCUAUGUGUCUUGUAUUGAAUUUGUAUGUAUGUGGUGAAUAAAACUUAUUCGAUUUAUCUUCAAAUUAAUCGUUUAUGUUA